AUGGUGGAGGCGGGUGGCGCACGACGCCACCGAAUGACUCUCGAAUCCGGUGAUCACACACUCACUCUCUUUGCUUAUAGAACAGGACCGUUUAGAACAAUUUUGUUCUAUGCGCUCACUGUUCUGACUCUUGGAAUAUUUCGAUUAAUUCUUCACUGGAAACAAAAAUGGGAUGUCAAAAUGCGUAUGGUUCCGUGUACUUUUGAAGCCGCCGAAUAUAUUUAUAUCAUUGAUAAUCAUAAUGUAUCCGAAUUGCAACCGGUUUUGCGGAAGUCUAACGCCACAAUUCCCACCGAAAAUGGUGAAAUGCGAAAAGUACCAGAACUUCGGUGGUUUGUAUACAGAAAAUUAGAAUAUGUAUGGAUCGAUGAUUUGAAUUCUGAUGAGUCAGUCGAUGAAAUUUCGGAUAACGAUAACUGCUGGAAAACUUCAUUUGAAAUUGCGAAUCGCAUUCCUUGUCGAUCACUUUUGGCAGUUUCGGAAUCAAACUUUGGAUUGACUUUAUCGGAAAUAUCAAGAAGAUUGGAAUUUUAUGGAAGAAAUGAAAUUGUUGUUCAAUUGCGUCCAAUUCUGUAUCUUCUCGUUAUGGAAGUCAUCACUCCAUUCUACGUGUUUCAAAUUUUCAGUGUUACUGUCUGGUACAACGAUGAAUACGCUUAUUAUGCGUCUCUAAUUGUCAUCCUCUCACUUGGUUCAAUUGUUAUGGAUGUUUACCAGAUUCGAACACAGGAAAUUCGACUUCGAAGUAUGGUUCAUUCAACAGAAAGUGUAGAAGUAAUUCGAGAAGGAACCGAAAUGACAAUCGGCAGUGAUCAAUUAGUCCCAGGAGAUAUUUUGCUGAUCCCUCCACAUGGAUGCUUGAUGCAAUGUGAUUCUGUACUGAUGAAUGGAACGGUGAUUGUCAAUGAAAGUGUACUCACAGGAGAAUCUGUUCCUAUUACUAAGGUUGCUCUUACCGACGAAACUAACGAUUCUGUGUUCAAUAUUGAGAAAAAUUCGAAGAAUGUCUUGUUCUGCGGUACACAAGUUCUGCAGACGCGAUUUUAUCGAGGCAAAAAAGUGAAGGCGAUUGUUCUCCGUACAGCUUAUUCAACUCUGAAAGGUCAACUUGUUCGAUCAAUUAUGUAUCCGAAGCCUGUCGAUUUCAGAUUCACAAAAGAUCUGUUUAAAUUUAUUCUUUUCCUGGCAUGCAUUUCUGGUUGUGGGUUCAUCUACACUAUAAUUGUCAUGAUCAUGCGAGGAAAUACACUUCGACGGAUUAUCGUUCGAUCUUUAGAUAUCAUAACUAUUACGGUUCCACCAGCUCUUCCAGCGGCAAUGUCUGUUGGUAUUAUCAAUGCACAAUUACGACUUAAAAAGAAGGAAAUUUUUUGUAUUUCCCCAUCUACCAUUAACACGUGUGGAGCUAUUAAUGUUGUUUGCUUCGAUAAAACGGGUACACUCACUGAAGACGGUCUAGAUUUUCAUGUCGUCCGGCCAGUGAUGUCAGCAGUAAAUCAAGAAAUUCAAAAAGUAAAACUCGAAAAAUCCAAUCGAACUGAGUUUAUGGGCGAAAUGACAGAGUUAACCUCUCGAAAUGGGCUUCCGUUUGAUGGAGAUUUAGUCAAAGCUAUUGCAACGUGUCAUUCUCUCACAAGAAUCAACGGAGUCCUUCACGGCGAUCCACUCGAUUUAAUAUUGUUCCAAAAAACUGGAUGGACAAUGGAAGAAGGUAUUGAAGGAGAUAUUGAAGAAGAAACUCAACGAUUCGAUAAUGUUCAACCAUCAAUUAUCAAACCAACAGAUGAUAAAUCAGCAGAAUAUUCAGUUAUUCGACAGUUUACUUUCUCAUCGUCACUUCAAAGAAUGUCAGUAAUUGUUUUUGAUCCAAGAGAGGAUCGUCCAGACAACAUGAUGCUUUACUCAAAGGGAAGUCCCGAAAUGAUUCUUUCACUCUGUGAUCCUAAUACUGUCCCGGAAGAUUAUUUGUUGCAAGUAAACUCCUAUGCUCAGCAUGGCUUCCGUCUUAUUGCAGUAGCCCGGCGUCCUCUUGAUUUGAACUUUAACAAAGCCUCAAAAGUUAAAAGAGAUGCGGUGGAAUGUGAUCUAGAGAUGCUAGGUCUCAUUGUAAUGGAGAACCGAGUGAAACCAGUGACACUGGGAGUCAUUAAUCAAUUGAACAGAGCUAACAUUCGAACAGUCAUGGUUACCGGCGAUAAUUUGCUUACUGGCCUUUCAGUGGCUCGUGAAUGUGGUAUUAUAAGGCCUUCCAAAAGAGCAUUUUUAGUGGAACAUGUGCCUGGUGAGCUCGAUGAAUACGGUAGAACCAAGAUUUUCGUCAAGCAGUCUGUUUCUUCAUCCGAUGAAGUCAUUGAAGACGAUGCUUCUGUAUCAAUCUCAAUGUGCUCGUCAACAUGGAAAGGUUCAUCAGAGGGUGAUGGGUUUUCUCCAACAAAUACCGAAGUUGAGACUCCGAAUCCAGUUACUGCUGAUAGUCUGGGACAUUUAAUUGCAAGCAGCUACCACCUAGCAAUUUCGGGACCCACAUUUGCCGUAAUUGUACACGAAUAUCCAGAACUUGUGGAUCAAUUAUGUAGUGUCUGUGAUGUCUUUGCUAGAAUGGCACCGGAUCAGAAGCAAUCACUUGUCGAGCAACUUCAACAAAUUGACUAUACUGUUGCGAUGUGUGGCGAUGGAGCCAAUGAUUGUGCUGCUCUAAAAGCUGCUCAUGCAGGAAUUUCCCUUUCCGACGCGGAAGCAUCAAUUGCUGCUCCAUUUACAUCAAAAGUUCCGGAUAUUCGAUGUGUUCCAACUGUGAUCAGUGAAGGACGAGCAGCUCUUGUUACUUCAUUCGGUAUUUUCAAAUACAUGGCAGGAUAUUCUCUCACUCAAUUUGUCACAGUCAUGCAUCUUUACUGGAUUUCAAAUAUUCUAACUGAUGGACAAUUUAUGUACAUUGACAUGUUCCUCAUCACAAUGUUUGCUCUUUUAUUCGGUAAUACUCCAGCAUUCUAUCGUCUUGCUCAUACUCCACCACCGACCCGACUUCUAUCAAUUGCUUCGAUGACUUCUGUCGUUGGACAAUUGAUUAUAAUUGGUGUCGUACAGUUCAUUGUUUUCUUCUCCACAUCUCAACAGCCAUGGUUCACACCAUACCAACCUCCAGUAGAUGAUGAAGUUGAAGAUAAACGAAGUAUGCAAGGAACUGCUCUCUUCUGUGUUUCAAUGUUCCAGUACAUCAUUUUGGCGCUUGUUUACUCAAAAGGACCACCAUUCCGUGGAAACUUGUGGUCGAAUAAACCGAUGUGUGCACUUACUAUUUUUGCAACUUUGCUCUGCUUGUUCAUCGUUAUCUGGCCGACUGAAUUGGUUCUGAAGACUCUUGGAAACGUCGAGUUGCCUUCUUUAACUUUCCGAAUCUUUAUUGUUAUUGUUGGUGCAGUCAACGCAGCCGUUUCAUACGGAUUUGAGACAUUAUUCGUUGAUUUCUUUUUGCUGGGAUACUGGGAAAGAUAUAAAAAGAAAAGAAGUAUUGAGGCUAUUAUUGACUAUGUACCAACUACAAAUUCGGAUCACAUUCGUCGUCCAUCAAUCAACGGUGUGACGUCAUCGCGAACUGAAUCAACGCUACUUUCUGCUGAAGGACAACAGCUCCACAUGACAACAUCAAAAAAUGGAAAAGGUGGCGAGAAUCCACAUUCUAGCGCACUCUUUGAACGACUAAUUUCUCGAAUUGGAGGAGAACCUACAUGGCUGACCAAUCCAAUUCCUCCUCACAGCCUUUCGGAACCUGAAGAGCCAGAAAAGCUUGAACGCACUUACUAGAAUCACUUUGUUUUAGAUUUCGAAUUUUUAAUAAUAUACAUCAUCUUUAAUUGUUUUUGUUGUUUUUUUGUUUCCAGAAUUCAAGACGACUUGCAUAACAUUCCCCCAUGACUAUUCGAUUAACUUCUUCAUAUUUUAAAUUUUGCUUUAUCUCGUUUAUCGCCUUUUCCCAAUCAAGUUUUUGUUUUCUUUCAUGAACUUUUGCAUAUUCGUUUCCGUUUUCUGCUCAACUUUCCCCCGUGUCAAAUAGUUUUAAAGUUUGAAUGUUUUAUUUAAAUAAAUAAAAAGUUUCCCUUUU